AUGGGCCAGAAACGUAAGAAUCGCAAUGAAAAAGAUGAUUUUGAAUACGAUCCACAUCCUAAACACUUGCAAGUAGCACACAUAAAAAGUCAGGAGAAACGUUUAAUUGUUAUUUUGGACAAGGCUCAGUUAGAAUCUGUAAAGGUUGGAAAUAGUUUUGAAUUAUUAAAUUGUGAUGAUCACACAAACAUCUUGAAAAAGCAUAAUCGUGAUCCUGGAUCCUGCAGACCAGAUAUAACUCAUCAAUGUUUAUUAAUGUUAAUGGAUAGUCCAUUAAACAGAGCAGGAUUGUUACAAGUUUAUAUUGCUACGGAAAAGAAUGUAUUAAUAGAAGUAAAUCCACAAACCAGAAUACCAAGAACAUUUAAACGUUUUGCUGGUCUCAUGGUACAGUUAUUACAUAAAUUUAGUGUUCGUGCAUCUGAUGGGCCAAUGAAACUCUUGAAAGUAAUUAAAAAUCCAGUGACAAAUCAUUUACCAGUUGGAUGUCACAAAAUAGCAAUGUCAUUUAGUGCAAAUACUGUAAAAAACCCAAGAGAAUUAGUUCCUUCUGAUGAACCAAUUGCUAUUGUGGUAGGUGCAAUGGCACAUGGGCAAGUGAAACCAGAAUACGUUGAAGAUACUAUAUCAAUUAGCAAUUAUCCACUAUCUGGAGCUUUAACAUGCAGUAAAUUAUGUACUGCAUUUGAAGAAGUUUGGGGAAUAGUUUAGAUACAAAAUUAAUUGUAUGCAUUACAUGUGUGCAACUUAAAUCAUAUGGUUUAUAUUUGUUUUUACGUACGAUAAAAAGUUAUUUUGUAAAAUGUAUAACAAAAUAAUAAAGCAUUAGAAAGUAGAUACUUUCAGAAUUCAAUACAAA